AUGGCCACACUAUUAGCAAAACAGUUGUCGAUACUGUUGUGGAAGUCGUGGAUCACUCGGCGAAGACACUGGAUAUCAACCAUAUUUGAAUUGUUGACACCACUGGUCCUCUCAUUCCUCAUCGCCUAUGUCUACGCGAAGUUCACAACUCAGGAAAUGACAGGUCAGGUGUCGUCCAGUCUUGACGGCCAGGAAGUGAAUGUUCAAAACUUCAGUACUUCUGUCAGAGACAGUCCUCCUGUGAUCUUCAAUCGGCCCACAAUUGACAUGACAUUUAACAAUCAACUUAUAUUUGAGGCCACUAUCAUCUACGGCCCUACGAGUCCGGCCGCCGAUCGGCUUAUGCAAAAGGUGGUAGACUUUGCGCCCUAUACUGUCCGUAUAGUAGGUAUGGCUACCGAAGAGUUGGUGAACGCGAAGAUGGAGUCCUUGGUCUCCAACGAGACAAUUGACACCAAUCUUGUGGACAACACUUACGGCCUUAUAUUUGAUGAAAAUUCGUUGCGAAACAAUCGUCUCAACUAUACGUUAAGACUGAUCGGCGAAAUGGCAUACAUUGUGAACAUUGUGUUUCCCAAUAAGUUCUUCGCGGGACCGGCGGCUAAUAUGAAGUCAUAUACCGAGCAUUUCGGUCCCCUCCAGAUCUUGAUAAACCAGGCCUUUGUUGACCAACAAACUGAGUCCCACACCAAACGAGUCAAUAUCCGUCGCUUUAUGACAAUGAAAUACCCGUUUCCCGGCUUCAAGAAGUCAGGCGAUGAAAAUCAAUUGUUUACGAUGCAAGACCUGAUAGCGGCCACCAUUGCCAUCGGAUAUGUGGUGAUGUGUCCGCUGAUUGUCAAACGCAUUACUGAUGAAAAGGUGGCCAAAGCUAAAGAAAUGAUGCGAAUGAUCGGAAUGUCUGAUUGGGUCUUCUGGAUGUCUCACUUCAUCUCGUACUUUAUAAUAAUGGUGUUUCAGUCGAUAGUAUUCACCGCAUUCUUCUGUAUGGGCUUCGGCGGCGACCCUAUCAUCAACUUUACCUCCGGAACCAUAUUCUUUGCCAUACUAUUCAUAUACUGUAUUCAAUCGAUUCUGUUUUGUAUGACAAUCACCACAAUAUUCAAUCGACCGGUUCUGGCGGUGAUCGUGACCGUUAUCUUAUGGGUGGUCUCGUAUUCCGUACCGAUCGGUAUAUUGAAUCCGUUUUUCCACAAGAAUAUGGAUAUCGUGGGCACAAACGGGGCCCGAAUGCUGUCCGCAAUGCUGCCCAAUAUGGGUCUCUCGUGGUGUAUGUCUAUUAUGGGACAGUUUGAAGUGUUGGGCACCGGCGCCAACUGGUCUACAAUCUUUAAUUACACGACCGUCUAUCAGAGCCUAACGCUGGCUCUCGUGAUGACCAUAAUGUUGUUAUCGUGUGUUUUAUACGGUGUGCUCAUCUGGUACUUAGACAACGUGUGGCCCUUUCAAUACGGAGUACCCAAACCCGUGUUAUUCCCGUUUUACAUGUCUUAUUGGUUUCCAGCGAAAUACCAUGACGUCGAAGAAGAGACCAAUGAAUCGUUGAAAACGGAUGAUGUGAUCGAUACCAGAAAUUUUGAGAGAGAGCCCGAAGUGUCGGUCUCUAUAAGGAUCAAGAAUUUGCAUAAAGAGUUCGGCGGUUAUGGCAGUCAACUUAAGACAGCCGUCGACAAUAUGUCGCUCAAUAUAUACGGGCGACAAAUCACGGCUCUGUUGGGCCAUAACGGGGCCGGAAAGACCACUACAAUGAAUAUGAUUACCGGUAUAUUCCCGCCCACAUCGGGCACCGUUCACGUCGACGGCUAUAACAUACAGACCGAGACCAAUAAAGCGCGAAGAAGUAUUGGGUUGUGUCCGCAGGAAAACAUUAUAUUUAAUGAGUUAACAGUCGGACAACAUCUCAAACUGUAUGCCGUUCUGAAGGGCUGUGACUGGGAUUCGGUGGACAUUGAAGUGAAACAGACGUUAGAAAUGCUGAAACUGACGGACAAAAUGCACGCAAUGGCAGAAUCGUUGUCCGGAGGUAUGAAACGCAAGUUAAUGCUCGGCAUCGCUAUAGUGGGCGGCACUCGUAUACUCAUUCUCGACGAACCCACCUCUGGUAUGGAUCCUGAGGCCCGACGUGUUGUAUGGGAUCUCUUACAGUACUUACGGUGCGAACGAACGAUACUAUUGACCACACAUUAUAUGGAAGAAGCGGAUGUUUUAGGCGACAGAAUAGCCAUUAUGUCUGAGGGAAGAGUCAAGUGUUGCGGUUCUCCUAUGUUUCUGAAGAAGAGAUUCGGCGCCGGAUAUCAUCUGCGCGUUUGCAAAGGCAUUGCGUUUAAGCCGUCGUUAAUGGCGCAGACAUUGCAGAAAUAUCUGCCAAAAGCUCAACUCCACAGCGAAAUACAGUCAGAAGUGAUCUAUUCGUUGGAAUCAAAUGAUGGCAAUAAUACCGAUAAUUCCACUCAAGUAUUCCCACAACUCUUUGACGAAAUCGAGACAAACAAAGAGAAAUUAGGAAUCGCUUCGUGCGGUCUCUCCAUCACGACUAUGGAAGACGUGUUCUUAAGAGUGGGCAACGAUAUUGACGACAUCAACACUGAUAUCAGACAAAAUCAACAGCAAUUAAAAGACAAAUCGUCGGACAGUUUGCUUCAUAAGAGUGGCACUCAUUUGAUGGGCAAUGAGUUACUGAUGAACCGUUUCGUUGGUCUACUAAUGAAACGCUUUCACUACUCGCGAAGAUAUUGGCCAAUGAUGUGCUUCCAACUGGUAGUGCCGGCCCUACUCUUUGUGAUCGCAUUGCUCACCGAUUACGGCAUUCGGAGCUCAAUCACCAGUCAGACCAAGAAUCUGGAUCUCAAUCUCAAGCAAAUGUAUGGCAAAACAUUUGGUUUCUUCCAGUCGUCCGAUUCGCCAGAUUUCGGACCCGUUUAUCAGUCAAACGGCGAUAAUUAUGACUUGAAUACAAGUCUUAUACCACCGAAUGAAUCGCCCAAUAAAUGGGCGCUUAAAUACGCGGACAAUUUGGAGGACUAUUCCCAUCGCUAUCUGACCGGCGCUGUAGUCGAGGGACAAACCGCUGAGAUUUGGUACAACAACGAGGCCACUCACUCGAUGGCCAUAUCAAUUAAUCUCUUUUUUGAAUCUCUGCUGAAAUACCUGUUGCCUGACAUGAAAGACGUAUCGAUUACUGUUCGCAAUCAUCCCAUCUCUUACAGCGAGAAUACGGUCACCUUUACGGCCGUCAUAUUCGGUUGGGCCGUCACUUGUCUCCUACUGUUCCCGAUAACAGUGCCAUUCAUUGGCGCCUCAUAUGUUCUCUUCCCGAUCAACGAACGCAUAUCUAAAGCAAAAUUACUUCAAUUAAUGACAGGACUGUCGGCGCCUCUCUUCUGGCUCUCAAACCUGGCGUUUGAUUUGUUAAACCAUUCAUUAGUUGUGAUAAUAAUUUACAUAAUUUUCGCCAUCUUUGACUUCAACCAUAUAUUCUUCGCCCAAUCAAACACAGCGAUCGGUCUAUUCUUAAUGCUAUUCCUGUUUGGUUUCGCGUCCAUACCGUUGGCCUACUGUUUCUCACUCGUGCUGAACAAGCCGUCGACCGGCUUCGCAGUGCUGGUCAUACUAUACCUGCUGUUUGGUGUGAUGUCGAUCGCGGCGAUGGGUGUACUCGACCUGAUUGUCAACGUUAUGCGAAUGGAUAUCAUAUCUAACGUGAAGUUCAAUACGAUUCUGUCAUUCUUCCGACUCGUGCCCGUCUUCUCCAUGAGUUUCGGCAUUCAAAAGCUCUACAGAAUCGGCUCUUUUAGCCAAUUGUGCAAAGAAUACGAGAACAAGAAUUUGACGGUUGUCUGCAGUUUCAUCGACAAUAAGAGCAUUUUGUACGGCUGUUGUCUCGACAAGUGUUCGCCCAAUAAUGAGUGCUAUCACAACCAAAACCCGUUGAGUUUCGAUAGCAAUGGCGUCGGACAGGAGUUUGUAUAUUUGGUGAUCAGUGGCUUUUUCUUUAUGGCUGUUCUUCUCUUAUUUGAAGUUCAUUGGAUCAGAAAAUUAUGGUACAGAAUACGUGACUCGAGAGGCCGGACCGCCAACGCAGGCAUUGCGAUGGUUUCGGUGAACGAAACGCAGAGCAACGACGACUCGGAUGUGGUCGCGGAAAAGUACCGCAUAGAGGGUCUCAGCGAUCGGCGAAUGCUCUCCGAAGAGGCCAUUGCUGUCAUAAAUCUGAGCAAAAACUUUGGUUCCUUCAAAGCGGUCGAUAACCUGACGUUUGGUAUUCACAAAGAAGAGUGUUUCGGUCUAUUGGGAGUGAACGGCGCCGGAAAGACGACCACUUUCGGUAUGUUGACCGGCGAUCUCAUGGUCUCCAACGGCAACGCAUUCAUCGACGACUACAGCCUGAGAGCCGACUUAAAGCCAUUCCAGCAACAGAUCGGUUAUUGUCCGCAAUUCGAUGCCCUCCUCGAGAAGUUGACCGGAGAGGAGAUGCUGUACCUCUUCGCCCGCCUCCGAGGCGUUCCGUCCAACAAAAUCGACUCCGAAGUGCAGGCGCUCAUCAAAAUGGUUGAUCUCCAGAAUCACGCCCACAAGUGUACCGAGACUUACAGUGGCGGCAAUCGUCGCAAGUUAUCGUUGGCGUUGGCCAUCAUCGGCACCCCUCCCGUCAUAUUCCUGGACGAGCCGACAGCCGGUGUGGACCCGACCGCCCGACGCAAGAUCUGGUCCACUCUGGUCUACAUUCAAGAGCGAUACCAAUCGGCGAUCGUAUUGACCUCACACUCGAUGGAAGAGUGCGAAGCCCUGUGCUCUCGCAUAGCCAUUAUGGUGAACGGCCGGUUCAAGUGUAUGGGCCCGACGCAGCACUUGCGCAAAAAGUUUGGCCAGGGAUACACUAUUGUCAUCAAACUGUGUCGCGAACUCAACGACGAUCCCGAUUACGUGACCCGAGUUGAACAGUACGUGCAAAAGGCGUUCCCGUCGGCUGUGCUGAAGGACUCGCAUCAAUGCCUACUUCACUAUCACAUCACCGACACGAGCGUCCAGUGGUCGCACUUGUUUGCCGUCAUGGAGACGGCCAAAGGGCGCCUACAGUUGGAGGACUAUCUCGUCUCAGACACCACUUUAGAGCAGAUAUUCCUGGCCUUCGCUAAGACUCAGCGCUAGUGUGUGUAACACAUGUUAGAUGUGUUUUGUUAUAAUAGGCUAUUAUUAAUAGCCUAAAUCAAUAUAAAGUGAUCUGAAAAAAUAUUUUAUUGACUCGUAAUUGAAUUUGAAAUUGUAAUUACUAUUUAUUGCACAGCAUAUCAAACACAUUGAAUUACUUGUCAC